UGUCCUCCAAUUGAUCAGUUCAGAAUCAAGAAAUUCGUCUAUCUUGUCGAUAUAUCCAUCCAUGGCACCUUGUCGUCGCUGUCGAUCUUUUUUCUUCGCCUUGAAGAAAAGAGGAACGAACUUCGUCGUUGAGCUUAGAACCUAGCACAACUGUAAAAAUCAAUCGAUUCUAACAAAAUUUUACUAACUAGCUCCGUUUUCCAUAUCCACCAUGGCCACGCUCUCUGCCUUCGCAUCCCAAUCGCCUUGGCCUCCCCAAAACCCUGACCCUAACUUUCUCUCUCAUCCCGACCUCGACCGCCUCGAUCUCUCUCACAUCCCGGACAAUCUCUCACCACCGAUGCUCCGAGACGCCGCCGAAGACGAAGACGGCGGACUUUCGAAACCUGCUAUCAUCCCGAGCCCUAACCCUAACCCUAACCCUAACCCUAAUUUCCUUGACCGGCCCACCCUCUCGGCUCCGAAUCUUCUCCAUGUGUCCUUCAACCAAGACUACGGCUGCUUCGCCACCGGCACCGACCGCGGCUUCAGGAUCUACAACUGCGACCCCUUCCGCGAGAUCUUCCGCCGCGAUUUCGACCACGGCGGCGUCGGCACCGUUGAGAUGCUGUUCCGCUGCAACAUACUCGCCUUGGUCGGCGGCGGGCCCGAUCCUCAGUACCCGCUCAAUAAGGUCAUGAUUUGGGAUGACCAUCAGAGCAGGUGCAUAGGGGAGUUAUCCUUCCGGUCGGAGGUUCGAGGUGUUCGACUCCGGCGGGACCGGAUUGUGGUUGUUCUGGAACAGAAGAUAUUCGUUUACAAUUUCACCGACCUGAAACUGGUGCAUCAGAUUGAGACGAUUUCGAACCCGAAAGGUCUAUGUGCUGUUUCUCAUGCUGCUGGAUCGAUUGUUUUGGUUUGCCCCGGGUUGCAGAAGGGGCAAGUUAGGGUUGAGCAUUAUGCCUCGAAACGGACCAAGUUUAUCAUGGCUCACGAUUCCAGGAUUGCGUGCUUUGCGCUCACGCAGGAUGGGCAAUUGCUCGCGUCGUGCAGUAGUAAGGGGACUCUGGUUAGGAUUUUCAAUACCUUUGAUGGUUCGCUGUUGCAAGAGGUUAGGAGAGGCGCAGAUAGAGCAGAAAUAUAUAGCCUGGCAUUCUCUUCAACUGCCCAGUGGCUGGCAGUCUCAAGCGACAAGGGUACUGUCCAUGUUUUUGGUCUGAAGGCUAAUUUGGCAAACCUGGGAGGUGAUAAGCAACAUAUUGCAUCAGAUGCCAAUCGUGCUGUUUCAUCACCUGCCUUGUCUCUCUCAUUUAUGAAAGGAGUAUUGCCCAAGUAUUUCAACUCAGAGUGGUCUGUCGCUCAGUUUCGUCUGGUUGAAGGUUCUCAAUACAUCGUCUCUUUUGGCCAUCAGAAGAAUACUGUGGUAAUUCUUGGCUUAGAUGGAAGCUUUUACCGAUGCCAGUUUGAUCCGGUGAGUGGUGGAGAGAUGACUCAGUUGGAAUAUCACAACUUCCUCAAGCCCGAAGAACCCUUCUAGUAGAGGGUUUGAGUAUCACAACUUUUUCAUGCUUUGCAAGGUAUUCCUCUUUGAUUUUGUUGUUACUUUCUCUUCUGAAGGGGAGGAGAAUGUUAUGUUGUAUAUAUGAUUAUACGAUAACAUUUACCUGUACGCAGCUGUUGUAACCACCAAACAGUGUAACAAAACAUGAAAAGAAAGAAAAUUGUAUGUUUUGUGUAGUCUUCUGUAAGUAUUCAUGUAUCUUGUUGUAAUUGUGUUUAAUGUAAAACAUUAAACCGCCUUUGUUUUGAAAGUAACAAAGAGAAGUAUCAUGAUGUUAUCGAUUA